AUGCCUUCAUCAUUACCAUCAUCGUCGCCGCGAGCCAUCGCCCUCCUGCUCCUCUGCACCCUCACCGCCGUCCUCGCCCUGCCGAAGAACUAUCCUCGCUUCUCAGUCCCCCAGCAGUAUCUCGAGGUCGGCCAGAUGCGCGCCGCCAUGGAGAUGAAUCCCUCCGCCAUCCUCGAAGCUCAGUGCAUCGACCGCAACGUCCACAUUGUCUUCCACGACGAGUCUGUUGCCGAGCUCAACAUUUGCGAGGGCGGCAUCGCCGGCGACGUCAAGUCCUGUCGUGGCAACCCCGUCGAGACCAUGGGCGUCGCCGGCUCGGCCCGCUUCUCGCUCAAGGUCAUGGCCGAGGGCGCCACCAUCAACGUGGCCAAGAAGCGGUGGGAGGCCUGCGUGCGCGCCGCGCGCGCCGUGUGUCCCACCGGCAGCUUCCGCGCCGUGUGCGCCGGGGGCACGACCAAGGGUGACUUGGAGUUCUUCCUCACCAAUCCGUGGUGA